AUGGCAUUUCAAGAAGGUUCACAAUUACCAACAGAAGGAUUAGAAUUUUCAUACAUUCCAAUUGAUCUCUCAGAUUUAUCACUCAUAAAUCCAUUAAAAUGUGAUACUACUUCCAAACUCAAACUUUCAAAUUUACUUGAAAAAUUAUCAAACAGUGACUCACCUAAUUUAGUUGCUGUUUCUGUUCCCGGUGCAUUUACUCCUACAUGUACUGAAAAUCAUAUUCCUCCAUAUUUAGAGAAUUUGGGAAAAUUAAUUGAUAAAAAAGUUGGUGCUAUUUUGGUCUUAGCUACUAAUGAUCCAUUUGUUGUGAAUGCAUGGGGGAAAUUAUUGAUUAAAGAAUUUGUUAAAAUAAAUGAUGAUAAUAAGAAAUUACCUGAAAUUAUCUUUGCUUCUGAUGGUGGGUUUAGUGAAAAAUAUGGAUUAGCUGGUGAUAGAGGUGGUAUUAUCAGAAAUAAAAGAUAUGCUGCUAUUAUUGAUUCAAGAACUGGUGAUGUUACUUAUUUGGGUGUUGAAACAGAAAGAGGUGUUGACAAAUCUGGAGUUGAUGCUGUUUUAUCAAAAUUGUAA